ACCAGUAAACUGACUCACAAGUGGUUUCAUUAGUAGCCAGAAGCCACACAUCCCUCAGAGACUUUCUAGCUGGUCAUCAAUGAUUAUUCUUCUGGGUCUGGACUGGGAAUUAUCUAAGGAGAGCUACCGCCAGGAGAAAUUCCAAACAUUUCAGUUAAGUCUUGAAAUUGCUCCAGAUGAAGGAGAGAGCCUUGAUCAAACGAAGAAUGGUCUGAUUGACAGGUCAGCUUCAGAAUAAAGCCAAACCUGAAAAAGAAGCAACCCAGACUCUUCCAUGACUAGAAGAAUGAGUACUGAGAGACCUCUGGACUUAAUCAAACAACUCGGGCAGACAAGCAUUCCAUCCCUUGAAAACAUAAGUGAUUUUUCAUUAAAUAUCACUGACUGCACCCAGGUUGUGGUGCCAGAGGAAGUUUUUUUCACUGUUGCUGCUGCUGGGAUACUGGAAAAUCUACUUAUCCUCAUUGCUGUUGUUAGAAAUAAGAAUUUACACUUGCCCAUGUACUUCUUCAUUUGCAGCUUAGCCAUUUCAGACAUGUUGGGCAGCUUGUACAAAACUCUGGAGAACAUCUUUAUCAUCUUAUGCAAAAUGGGAUAUCUGAAACGUCACGGAGACUUUGAGAAAAAACUGGAUGAUGCCAUGGAUUCCAUGUUCAUUCUGUCUUUGCUGGGGUCUAUUUUCAGCUUGCUAGCUAUUGCAGCAGAUAGGUACAUCACGAUCUUCUACGCUUUGCGGUACCACAAUAUCAUGACUCUGAGGAGGGCCUUGGCUAUCUUGGCAAUCAUUUGGGCGUUCUGUGCCGGCAGCAGCGUUGCCAUUGCCCUCUUCUCCUACGAAGCAGCAACAGUCAUUCCCUUCACCAUCCUCUUCCCUUUGAUGAUGUUUUUCAUACUCUGCCUCUACGUCCACAUGUUCCUCCUGGCUCGAUCUCACGCCAAAAAAAUUGCCUCACUGCCCAGCAGCACCGUCCAUCACAGAACUAACAUGAAAGGCGCGAUUACACUGACUAUUUUUCUUGGAGUUUUCCUUUGCUGUUGGGCCCCCUUUGUUCUUCACAUCCUCUUAGCAAGGUUUUGCCCGCAUAACCCAUACUGUGCCUGCUACAUGUCCAUUUUCCACGUGAAUGGGACACUCAUAAUGUGCAAUGCCAUCAUCAACCCUAUGAUUUUUGCAUUCCGAAGCCCAGAACUGCGGAGUACAUUUAAGAAGAUGUUCUACUGUUCCAGGUCAAACUGCAACUGGUGAACACUUCAUCCAAAAAUGAAAAUUAUAAAAGCAUUUUUGGGGGUGCUAUGCAACAUCAGUGUGCAGAAUUGAAAAUACCAACAACUACACCCGAAGUAAUACUAUGCUUGUAGUAUACUGCCAGUGAUUUUUCAGAGUGUUACCACAGAAUGAAUAAAAAAUAAGUAAGGACACAAAUAUUUGUCAACUAGAUCUCCAAACUAAGCUAAUCAUGAUUGUAAUUUUCAAGCAAGGAAAAAAAAAAAAAAAUGUCUUAAUUAUCUUUUGUCAUUACAGAAAAAUCCAAACUAAAAUGUUGCAUUACCCCAGAUAUGAGCCAAUUCAUUUUGUAUCAAUAAUUUCAAUUCAAUGCAUAUACUACUUUAUAAUUCUGUUGUUUAAAUUGCAAUGAAUUGAACAUUUGUUUCUAAACUGUGCAUUUGUAUCAAAGUAUAUGGUUAUAAGGAGAAAACAUGGACAUGUGAUUUUGCUGAAGAAGCAAGCUCAAGACUCUUCUUUAACAUCCAGUCUCCUUAAAAUCAUGCAAUUACUGAUCUGUAAGUUUCAAAAGCUACUUUUUGAGUGUAAGUCCAAAAGACUAUGGUGUUUUCAUUUAAAAUACAUUUUUAGUUACUGAAGAGUUAUUUCUAAUAUAAAGUUGUCUUGCCAGCAAAGACUGGGUUUGAAUUUUAAAACCCCUAGGCCACGUCUGGACUAACAAUAAUAAGCUCCACAGACAGUAAAAGCACUUUGAUUCGACCAUGACAUGCUACAACAAAGAAUUCAAAAAAAGUAAGACCAGAGAUAAAAUUCAAACACUACCAAGGAAGUCAGUCAGCUGGGUAAGGAAGCAACUGGCCUGCCUGGAAGGAUGCUACAAAGCUGGUUGUAAUUUAAAAACCCUUGUGAGAAGAUUUUGAAUUGUUCCUGCAAAAUAAUACAGAACUCACAGAAGUUAAAAGCAGAAUGGCUUUCAACAGCAGAACAGCCUGAAGCAGUCCAGAGCAUAUGGAGAGGAAUUAACCUCACAAUAAUUCAAGGAAGUCAUUCCAGCUGUGCCAGAGAGGAGUAGUAAGAGAAUUUCAAGAUUAUGGAAUAUGGAAAAAAUCAUACAAAUUCAGAUUAUCUUGGGUUGAAUAAGGGACAACAAACCUGAAAGCCUCUAUAAAAUUAUGAAAAUAAAUUAGAAAAGAGAUACUAAAAUGAAAAUUUUUCAAACCUAUGCAUUUAUUGAAAAAAAAAAUUCAUCUAUAAAAUACAAGUUUAGGAGGAAACUCAGAUAUAGUCACACAUUCUAUUUUAAUAAGAAUUUUUUCAUUUCAAUUGAGAAGCAGAAUAAAUGUAAAGCUGCACAGCAAGAAAUGACUGUUAGAAUUGCUGGGAAAAAAGAAUAAACACAUUAAAGAAAAACCAAAA